AUGGAGAGCCCCUCACGACGACGUGUAGAGACCCCCAGACCCGAAGCGGGACUUGCAGAAUGGACUAAUAAGAUCAAAGCGCUGCAGCGAGACGUCGAUGCGGAUGGGGAAGCUGAACAACGCAAGCUCGAGGAUGAGAUUCGUGCGUCUCGGCUUGCGCGUAGUCGAAGGAGUGGAGGCAUGCAGUUCACUGGGAAGGUUCCAUUGAAUGCCAGUCCGGAUGACAGAGGUUCUAACCCUGCUGAAGCGCUCCGCAAGUUAACUGGCGAGCCAACAAGCCCGUCACACACUACUCCUGUUACUAGUUAUGCUGCAGAGCGGAAGCCGGCUCCAUCACCCGCUGCGACGAAACCUGAGCCAAUGUCGCUCGCGGCAUUCAUGGGAGGAAAAGCAACGGGUCCGCGAUUGAACCGUCCCACACCGCAGCCCGAUGCGCACGAUCCGACGCUUUUCGAGCAGCGCACCCGAUCGGACAUCAGUGCGCCUCAUCCCGUGUUUGGGAGUGGAGGAGUCGCGCUGGUAGGCCUUGCGGGGAAGGGGAGGGAAGUGGUUGAACCGAAGGCUCCUGAGAAACCAGCCUUUGACGAAGCUCCGAGUGUUAAGCAAUCAGCAAUUCCUCCUGCUGGAAAUGUUACGACUGCGGCUGGAGAAGGAGUGCCUCCCACGAGGAACUGGGCGCGCGAGAGGACAGUUAGUUCACCGUCGCCCUACGUCCCGCCGAAACCUGUAGAAAGGUCACCUCCGCCUGUUAUCACGACGGGAGCACCGGGCGUUCGAGGUCGUGUCGAAUCCCUCUAUGCUCACGCAAACCGCUCUACUGAGCGUGUUCCUACCACGCCUGUGUUACGCAGCUCGAAGAGUACAGACAAGAUAACACAGCCGCCUGCGGCACCUGCGAAGCCCGAGGCCUUGCGGAAGCCACCACCCGCGACCAACGAGAGUCCGGCUCGAGUAUCACCAGCUCCUCUUUCCGCCUCCGUUUCGACUCCACCCCCGAGAAUUCAAACACCUACGUCGUCCACUUCUCAGCGAGCGACCUCUGUUUCUCCCCCCGUUUCCACACCUUCGCUAGUACGGCCCAUCCAGCCGCAGCAGCGGCCAUUAUCAACGGGUCCACAAAUUCCGCAGGCGAAGAACCUUGCACCUGCGUUCCUUAAGCCUGCACAACCAAAGGAUCUCACUCCGAGUCUUAGCAGGCUACAAGGUCGUGGAUUUGUUCAGAGCUUCGUCAAGCUUUCUAGCGAGAUAGAGGCAGCGGCGAGUAGUGGUUCGCCGGAACGUCCAGCCAGUGCCACUAGUCCAUCGCCGAAGAGAUCAGUCCUUGAUCGAUGGAACCCACCAACUCCGAGCCCGAAAUCGUCACCUAUAUCUGCGCCUCCGCUGCGCAAGGCGAAGACAUUUGAUACAGCGCGGAAUGUUCAAUCAGAUGUGUCUGCAUCACCUACUCCUGCGCCUGCUCGUGAGUCUGUCCGACCGACACCUCAGCCCAAGCCUGCAUCGCUGUCUAGCGCGGCCAAAGCUACACCGACAAAGGCAAAAAGCGUGCCUGCACCAGGUGACGUCCUACCUCUUGGCUCGUCGAACACCCUCAUUUCGUACAUCAAGCCAACGAAAACAGGUGACGCUCCUGUUACUGAUGCACAACCUGCGGCUCGCUCGAAGACCCCGAACAGACAUAUAGAUGAGACCACCUCUAGUGUUGAUGAAUUAGGAGUACGCCCGAAGUCACGCAGCUCGAAUUCUAGGUCGUCCAGCCCGACGAAGCCUGCUUCACGUCAAAAGGUGGACUUGGCGUCUUCUCCUGUGCCGAGUGGACGCCCCUUGAACCAUCCUACGAAAGAUAGGGCGAAAAUACGGCGGCGAAAUGCUAGUGGGCAGGGUUCCUCCGAGGACAGUCAUCUUGUGCAGUCGGCUCCUGCACUAGUUGGGCGUCAGGCUUUGGAACCUUCACCUGAGCAAAUAGAGGUAAAGCGUGCGGUAUUUCCAAGUCAAGUGGCAGUUGCCACAGCUAACCCAGGAACUCCGCCCUCGUCUACCUUAUCCAGCCAACAAGGACAACAAUCUGUUGCACCGACUCCACCAGUUCGUGGUGAGAAUGUCCGACGACUACAAGAUACAUGGGUCAACCAAGCACCAAUCAGUGUCAAGCAAGUGCGCAAGCCACCACUUGCGACUCCUUCACCAACAAGGACGUCCUUCGGUGCACCACAAAUAGCACUAAAGGCAAGCAAGCAGCCACUUCCAGGUCUCGCAGUUGCAGUUGAGAACACACAACCGGCUGGGUCUCCACCUUCACCGCCGUUGACUCCACCACUAAGUUUAGCUGCACGACAAGAGAGGACAAAGUCACCGUCCAGUCCAAUGCGCCAUAGUAGGAUACCGAGCACUGGGUCUCGUGCUACCGUGAUGGACGUAGCGCAGGCGUUUAAUGAUGUUACUUCUCCCGCAUCGCCUACAGCAGCUCCGACAUCAGCGACUGAUCCACUCGCACGCUCUGGUGAAGAAAGGAACUAUGAGCGUAAUCCCGGAGGCUGGGGUGAACCAGAGGACGAACGCACGAUUACUCCGGCAAUGAUGAAGGCUGAACGCAGACGUUCGAAUUACGAGAAAUAUGCCAGUUUCAUCCUACCCGCACUCCCGGAAGAGAAGACGCCUGUGUCGAGUCCCGUAGGGACUCUGAAGAACGCCCCAGACGUCUCAACUCUUGAUAGAGGCGUAGAAAGCGAGGAAAAGGUUGAAGCGCGGGUUGAGAGACCGGUACAAGCAGAGAAACCCGUUCCACCAAAGAAGCCUGACUUUGCACGAGUCCCGUUAAAGGUCGAAAUCGAUGUUGUGGAUGAACCUAUUCCGGCGAUUAACAUUGCGAAGAUUUGGGAUGCGAGUCCUCCGAGGUUUGUCCCCGAUCCGGACGUGCAUACAGUCUCGGUCGAGGUGUUGAAUGUUGAGGGUGGAUCUGCGACGGAAGUUACGAAAGGCACUGAUAGCGUGUUUGUGUUUUAUGAUACUGAGACGAUUGCAAUUGUGCAUCGUGCAAAAUCUCGCUCCUCUGGGCUCGUCACUUCGAAAGUGUGGGCUUGGAGUGGGAGGAAGGCGCAAGUUGGAGAGCUUGAAGAGAGAAAGAUGCAAGAUCUCGCGAAGAGGUAUGGGACGUCGUUGAUGAGAUGUGGACAGUGUGUGGAACCGCAGGAGCUCGUAAAUGUUUUGGGAGGCUUCUUAGUUGUGCGACAGGGCAAGCGUUCAUUGUGGUCGUCGGAGAACACGACGAUGCACAUGGUACGGUCUUCGGCUGGUUUGAUCGUGAUAGACGAGGUCGACCUGAACGUCAAGAACCUCUGUUCCGGAUUCAGCUAUUGCAUUUCGCUACUAGAUACAUUGUGGGUAUGGUACGGGUGCGGUUCUGUAGCAGCCGAGCGGAACGCCGCACUGCGAUACGCACAGACUCUCCUCUCCAAGGACUCGGACAAGAACUUGGUUGAGGUGGAGGAAGGGAAAGAGGAUGAAAUGUUCUGGAUGUUCCUUGGUGACGACGGAUACGCUAGUGCUAGCUACUGGAAGUGGCGAAAGAGCGAUAAAUGUGGAGAACCGAGAUUUUGGAAGGUGGAUUGUGCCAAUACAGGGUCAGAGGUCAAGGAAUUGGAAACAUUCCCCUCCCCAAUCGACGUCUCCAAUUCCGUCCUUGUCAUUCAUCUUGCAUACGAGAUUUUUGCUCUAGUCGGCUCUGCGGUUCGAGGACAACGACGCAACAUCAAGCUCGGUUUAACACUUGCUCAGGAAUUAUCUUCGCAUACCGCACGCUCGAAGCCUUUCCGUCCGCCUGUCCAUGUCCUGAUAUUCCCUUCUCAAGUCCCUCUGGACCUCCAGGCUGCAGUUCGUGGACUUGAUGCUGAUGCGCUCCAUGGAUCAGACGAUGUGCCGGAUCACAUGAACUUACUCACUCUAAACGAUGCUUGGAUACAGCUUAAACAGAAGGUAUGGGAACAGAAGGAUCUAGAGGAUACGAAUAUGAUGCCUUUGGGAUUCACACCGUCUUGA